UUCACAGGUCUCUAUACUUUUUUAAGAACAGCAGAAAAUGAACCAAUCCCAGGUUGUCAUAUGCUGAUUUUUCAGCAGAAAGUUCAAAUUAUAUUCUCUGGAAAAUAUUUCUGCACAUCAUGUUUCCAUUUUAACUCGCAUGCAAUUUUGGUUCUUUCCCAUCAUCUGCCUGAGUUUGUUCUGGUGAAGGUCACCAGUAAAUGUGAUCUUAUUGAUUGGCAAUAUUUCUUCUUUUCCAACAAAGCAUUUAAUAUUUUAAAUUUCCAUCUAAGCACUGCUUUAGCUGCAUCCCACAAAUUUUGGGGUCAAUGUCAUUUGGAGAUGUGGCUGUGGGCUUCUCCUGGGAGGAAUGGCGGCACCUAAACCCUGCUCAGAGGACCCUAUACAGAGAUGUGAUGCUGGAGAACUACCACAACCUUGUCUCAGUGGGUUAUUUCAUUACCAAGCCAGAGGUGAUCUUCAAGUUGGAACAAGGAGAGGAGCCAUGGGUAUUAGAGGAAGAGUUUCUAUACUGGAACUACCCAGAAGACUGCAAAGCUCUUGACCUAACAGAGAGAAUCCAGGAAAACCAAGACAAAUAUUUGCCACAAGUUGCAUUCAACGAAAAAACACUGACUUCAGAGAAAGAUAAUGCUUUAGGAAAAUCGUCUAAUAUGAUCACAAACUUUGUUCCUUCAAGAAAAAUGCCCUAUAAAAAUGACUUACGUGGAAUGAGUUUGAAAAAUAUUUCAUUAUCAAUUGGUAGUAAUAGAAACCCCUCAAGAAAGAAGCCUGACAUGUUAAAUGUAUAUGAGAAAUUACUUGAUACUAAGCAGGAAAAAGCUCCUACUCGAGAGAAUUCUUACAAAAAUAAUCAAAAUGACAAAGCUCAUGGUCGUAAUAGUGGUAUUAUUCAGCACCUAAAUAUUCAAACUUCAGAGAAGACUUUUAAAUAUAAUAAUGGUGGAAAAGGCUUAGACAAAAAGACCGUAAUAAUUUCACACAGGCAAAUUCACACAGGAGAGAAAUUCUGUGAGUAUAAUGGACUUGGAGAAACUUGUGAGAAGUCAUCUCUCUUGAAAUGUAAUGGAGUCUACAUGGAAAUGAAACAAUAUGAAAGUAAUCAAAUUGAAAAUAGUUUCAACAGGAUGUCACACUUUACUCAACUUGAGAAAAAUCAGAGAGGAAAGAGUCUAUUCAAAUGUAGUGAAUGUGGGAAGACAUUUAUGCACAAGUCAAACCUCACAGUGCAUCAGAGAACCCACACAGGAGAGAAACCCUAUGAAUGUGCUGAAUGUGGGAAAUCCUUCCAGCAGAAGUCAACCCAUAUGGUCCAUCAGAGAGUUCAUACAGGAGAGAAACCCUAUGAAUGUAAUUUAUGUGGGAAGUCCUUCAGUCACAAAUCAGCCCUCACCGACCAUCAGAGAGCACAUACAGGAGAGAAACCCUACAAAUGUGGUGGAUGUGGAAAGUCUUUUUACCGGAAGUCAUCCCUCACUCAACAUGAGAGAACUCACACAGGGGAAAAACCCCAUGAAUGUAAUGAAUGUGGGAAAGGCUUCUGUCAGAAAUCAGCCCUCAUUCAACAUCUGAGAACUCACACAGGAGAGAAACCCUAUGAAUGUAAUGAAUGUGGGAAAGCCUUCUGCCAGAAGUCAGCCCUCAAUCAACAUCAGAGAACUCACACAGGAGAGAAACCCUUUCAGUGUGAUGAAUGUGGAAAAUUUUUUCAUAUGAAGUCAGCACUUACUAAACAUCAGAGAACUCACACAGGGGAAAAACCUUAUGAAUGUAAUGAAUGUGGGAAGAAUUUCUGUCAGAAAUCUACCCUCACUAAUCAUCUGAGAACUCACACAGGAGAGAAACCUUAUAAAUGUAGUGAAUGUGGGAAAACUUUCUGCCAGAGAUCAACCCUUACUAAUCAUCAGGGAAUUCACAUAAGGCAGAAACCCUGUGUGACAGAAACUGGCUGUGUUUUUGGUAAUACCCUUUUCCUUUUUUUGCUUGGUACACAACUAGUCAAGAUUUUCUAGCCUUCCUUUCAACCAUAUGGGGUCACGUGACCAAGCUCUGGCUCAGAAUGUGGGCACAAGUGAUGUACAUUAUUUCCAAGCCUGUAAAAGAGCUCAUUUGGAACCUUUUGUACUUCCCCGUUUUCUUUCCCUAUGAAAGGGCAGUAGACAUCAUCCUCAGGAAGGCUUGGGAGCUAGUCAUUAGAAUUUACAGAGUCACAGGUUGGGAGAAAGCAGGGUCUCUGAAUGACUUCCUGAGCAGAGUCCUUUCUUCUCUACCAUCACCCUUACGUCUUUUCAUGAACAAGAAAUAAACUUGUAUUGAGACAUUACAUAUUCAGGUCUAUUUGUUGCCAUGGCAUAUCCUAGCCAUCCCUUUAUCUCUUAUACCCUGUGAGUCUAAUGAAGGUGUGAGAAACAUUGUAUGUCAGAGAAUUCAGUAGGGGAGGAAACUUGUCAGUAUCCUGAAUUUUAAUAAACCUUCAUCAACAAGUCAAACAUUUUGUGAAUCAGAAAUUUACAAUGGAAAAACCCAAAAAUGAAAUUUAGAAAAACUUUCACAAAGAAGCAAAUCUUACUGAACAUCAGAUAACUGAUAGUAGAAUAAAGCCUUAUAAUCUUGAAAAACAUUUCAAAAUUUAUAUAUCAGAGGAUAUGUAAUGAAAGAAAAUUGUCAGUUUAGGAAGUGUGGGGAAAAAUCUUCAUCUAGAAAUAAUCUUAUUCUAGAAGCAAUGUUUGGGAUGCAGUACCAAAUAUUUUAUUAAUAUAACAGUAUGUUUACUUGUAGUCAUACUCACCAUGGAAUAUGUACCUUUAAAAAAGGCACAUGUGAAUUGGGUCAUCAGAGCAGCAGCAUUAAAUGUAUGUGAAUAGCCUCUGAGCUAUGUUAGGCUUAUACGUAUGAGCAUGCUCUUUAGCAACUGUUUUGUGUAUGCUUGAUUUUUGUUUUAGACCUCAAAAUAGUUACAGUGGGAACAAUGCACCUUUACCUAAAUAACUUUUGUAACAUAUAUUAGGAUUUACUACACUAAAUACUGUUGUCAUCUCAUCACAUAUAUACACCACAAUAUAUAUUUUAGAAGAAACACUGAAUAUAUAAAAUACCAUAUGUCAUAUGUGUUAUCUGCUCUUUGGUGGUAUAUAUAAAUGGGUAUGGACGUUGUGACCAAAUUGUCUUUUCAGUAAAUGGUCCAGACAAUGUUUAAUAAAAUCAAGAUUUACUUAAAGUAUGCAAUGAUCUGGCACACAUCUGUUUAUAACCCACAUCUGAGUUAAUUUUCAAGAGUGGCCUUGAACGUGAAUAUUUAUUACACUAUACAGAUUAAAAGCAGUGCUCAUUGAAGAAAUAAUCUCCAUUUUGCAUUUGUGAUAUGUCUAAAUGGUAUGCUUAUAUAAAUUUAAAUGUGAAGCCCAGAUGUUCUAUGAGCCAAGAACUAUCUGCAUUUGUAUUUAGUGUUCUGCCCCUUACUAUGUGUGCCACCUAUGGAGUGAUUUAACCUCUCUGUGCCUCAGUUUUCUCAUCUGCAAAAUGGAGAUAUUACCUACCUCACAAUACUGAACAGUUUGACUUGGAGUUUUCUGUUAUUAGUGCUAAAGGCAUUUAUGUUCAGAACUUGAACGUUAUCAUUCCAUUGUAUGAAAGAAAUUUCUGCUUCUUGAGUUGAUAACAGAAGAUUCUAGAACUUUGCAUUUUGUCAGGUUUAUCUUCUCUUUAAAACAUAUAAACAGAUGUGUUUCGUAUUAUUAUUUAAUUGAAUAAUCUAUUCAGUUAAGUAGAAUAAUCUAUUGACCCCUCUCUGUUGUUGCUUGAUUUAAUAUGGUGUGAGGUAAAGAUCCAAAUUUCUUUUUUUCCAAAUGAAUAGCCAAUUGAUCUUUCACCAUUUGAUUCAUUCACUCCUAUUUCACUGAUUUGUGUGUGUGUGUGUGUGUGUGAGGAAGAUUGGCCCUGAGCUAACAUCUGUUGCCUAUCUUCCUCUUUUUGCUUGAGGAAGAUUGGCCCUGAGCUAACAUCUGUGCCAAUCCUCCUCCAUUUUGCAUGUGGGACGCCACCACAGCAUGGCUUGAUGAGCGGUGUGUAGGUCCGUGCCUGGGAUCUGAACCCUCGAACCCUGGGCCGCUGACACGGAGCAUGGGAACUUAACCACUAUGCCACCAGGCCAGCGCCCCUCCCCCACCAUUUCACUGAUUUGAAAUCCCAUUUUUGUUGUCUACAGAGUUUUCCUUUGGAGUGGCUAUUGUGUUUGCAGACUCUGCAUUCCUAUCCACAUUAUUCUACUGCUGGUGCAUAACCAAACUGGGCCAAUCAUAGGUCACCACCCUCCUAGUCCCACAUUGGAUUUAAUUGAUGAGUACUUGACCUAAGUUGAGCCAAUGAAAUCCUUUUCUAAGACUUUUAUAAUUGGAGGUGUUUAUAUUCCAGUUAUGUGAUGACUCUGGAACAGCUAUAUCAAGAAAAUGCAUGUGCAGUUAAGAGCAAAUAAAUAUGUAGAGAAAUGCAGAAGAGUAAAGAGAAGCUUGAUGGUGAACAGGCUCAAGCAGUGUGCUGGCUGAGAAAACUUUAUCCAGCAAAGUUACGCUUCAGACAGGAAGGAUAAGUAAAGGCUUUCCCAGAUGAAAUCUGAGGGAGUUCACCACCCCUAGACCUGCCUUGCAAGAAAUACUGGAAGGAAUUCUUCAAGUUGAAAUGAAAAGAUGCUAAUGAGCAACAGGAAAUCAUAUAAAGUAUACAACACAUUGGUAAAAGUGAAAAAUAGACAGACACUUAGAAAACCGUAACUCUAUAUUAGGGUGACGUAUUAACCACUCAACUACACUAUAAGGCUAAAGGAAAAUAGUAGUAAAAUUAUAGCACUAUAUAUUAAAAAGAUUUAUAGCUACUGUAAAACUAUUGUGUAAAUUUUUUUGUGAGAGGGUAUGCAUCCUAAUUUGAAAAGAAGAAGAUGCAGUGUGUUAAUGUACAGCAUUUUAUGUGAGCACAUAGGCAUGUAUUAUUUGACAUGACAUCUGAAGUCCUUAAUCAGGUAAGACACAUUAUAAAUAAGGAGACAAUGACUUAAUGAGACGAUAUUUAUAAAUAUGACCAUGUAAUUUUCCCCAUCUCAGUGAAUACUUCUGGGUGCCCAAGCCAGGACCCUGGAAUUCAUCCGCAACUGCUCUUCUCUGUAACCUUCAACAAUUAAUCACCAAUUAUUUUUCAUUUCAACUCCUAAAAUAUCUAAUGUGUAUUUUCUUCCCCAUGAUCAAUAACAUUUUGCCCUUGGGUUGACUGCAGCAGCCUCAGUGGUAUCCUUCCAUCCAAUCUUGUUUCCUCUAAUCUCUCCACCACAGUAGUCAGAAUGAGAGUUUGAAGAUCCUCUGUUUACUAAAAUCUGUGGUGGCCUCCUGCCUUGAGAUCAAGACUGAAUCUCUUAACUUGCAUGAUAAGUUCACCUUGACUCACUUCUGUUCACUCUCUGCUUUGCUCCACCAUGUGUAAACUCCAGUCAUUCUGAAUUUCAGUGGUUCUAGUACCAUUUUGUCACCUCACACUUUGUGCCUUAUCCUGAACACUAUUCUUUUAUUAAAACCAGCAUAAUGCUUUUGAGUUAUAUCCAUGUUCAUAUGUGUAGCUCUAAUUGAUUACCUUUACCUUCUUA